CCCUCAGGGCGCGGCGCGGCGGCCCCGUCACGGCGUGACGUCGGCGGCGCCCAUGGCCGAGGGCGGCGCGGAGGGGCCAUGGCCUCGUCGGUGGUGCGGGCCACGGUGCGCGCCGUCAGCAAGAGGAAGCUGCAGGCAACGCGAGCCGCGCUCACGCUGACCCCAUCAGCCGUGCAGAAGAUAAAGCAACUUCUUAAAGAUAAACCUGAGCAUGUAGGUGUGAAAGUAGGUGUUCGUACAAGAGGAUGCAAUGGACUCUCUUACACGUUAGAAUACACAAAGUCUAAAGGAGACUCUGAUGAAGAAGUAGUUCAAGAUGGGGUUAGAGUGUUUAUUGAGAAGAAAGCACAGCUGACACUUCUAGGAACUGAAAUGGACUAUGUAGAAGACAAACUGUCCAGUGAAUUUGUCUUCAAUAAUCCAAACAUCAAAGGAACGUGUGGCUGUGGAGAAAGCUUUAACAUCUGAAACUUAGGACUUAAUGUUUUGACUUUGAACACCACAGAACACUUGCUGUUUUUCUUUCAGAAGCAAAUGAAUUUUCUUCAGGUUCUUAGGCUGUGUCAAGUGUGGAUACCAUUAAGGAAAAUAAAGCAUGUUGAAAUUUUAAAUUGUGUGUUAUAUUCCAGCACUGACAUAGUUAUGCUGUUAUUUGUGAUGAGGUGGGAUCCAAAAGGUAAGAACAGCAAGUGCUAUAGCAACAUCUCUGUACUCUCACAUGCCAAGAAAAUAAACCUCACUGUUCUUUCCCUUUGUCAUUUUCUUUGUUCACUGUACCCGCAAUUCCCCAUCCAAACCCCAUGCAAUUAUCAGAAAUAUUUUGAUUUGACUUGGGGGGGAGGGAAUAACGAAAACCACCAUUUAAAGGUGUUUGUUUAUAUAUACAGAUCUAUGGUCUUCAGCUUCAAAGUUCACUGAUUAUGUAGAUGCUUUAUGUUCUUCUAUUUCUGAUGGUUUUUACAUUUUAUAUGUGUAGGUUUUCUGGUAUCCUAUUUUCCUGUAAAUCCAAGGAAGUCCAAAAAGAAGUUAAUGUAUUAAUGUAGUAGGCUGUUAGAGCACUGUUUGUAGAAAUACUUCAAAAUAUGCUAAUCCAAUUUUAAUCCUGCUCCUUGCCUUGUUGAAGGCAGAGCCUAUGUUGUUUGUGUUUCAACAACUUGAAACAUGUUCAGGCACUGGAGUGCUAAAGCAGGAGUAAAGCAGGUCUUGUUUGUCCUCAUCCUUCUUGACUUAAACUGCAAAGCUGGUAACACUGCUCAGAAUUCAGAUUUCCAGUGGUCACGGAACAUAUAUAUGCUCUCAUAUGCUGUCUGUGCACCAAAGCUAUAAGCAUGGGGUUUCUUGAGAGAAAAACAAAUACUUUUUUCUUUCUGUAGCCAUGUGUGCUACUAAUUUUGUUAGAAUUUGAACUCCGUGCAGUGACUGUGUAGGUAGUAGGAUUCUUCCCUUACAAAACUUAACGGUAACUUCUAUUUAACUCCCAUCCUGAGGUCAGUUUAGUAACAGGAAAUCUUAGUGAUACAGAAACAAAAAACUUGUAUUUAAUAAUUGUUUGAAAAUAAUCUAGUUAUUAAUUAAAACAAUUAUACUUACAGGAUGCUAUUGUUUCUUUGGUAUUAAUGUACUUUCUUUUAAUCAGAUUAUUCCUUUUUUAAGACGGUGUUUUUCAAGCUGAUUGUCUUCAGUACUUCUACAGGAGCUCAGGCAGAAGUGUAAAUGUUUCUCCAGGCCUUCCUAAAGCUGGUAGGAAAAAAAGUACUGUUCCAUCCUAAUGUAUCUCUAAUUUCCCUGAUUGUCCAACAAGGACAUUGUGCAGCCUAGCUACUUACUUGUGUAGAAGAGGUGUAACUUGAUGGUAUGCCUGGGAAACUGACCUGAGCAGUUAGUCAAAAGGCUGGAAAUAGGAAGCAGAGGACAAAAGGGACUAAGGCUCUUAGUCAUGCCACGUGCUUGUGAACAGCUUUACAGCAGCAGUGUGCUGAAGAUUUGGGCUUGCAGCUGGGUAGGUCCAGUUUGAGAAAAGUUGUACAGGGAAUAAAAAUGAAAAGUUCUCAAUAUGUACUGUGUAAGAAAAGAAGGCCAGAAUUUCCACAGCUAUAGUAAAUAUUAAGUACUUGAAUUUUAUUUGUAUACUGUAUCACCUUUUGAUGUAAAAACACUUUUCCCUCCAGUGGUCAACUAUUGUACACAGUUACUUUUAUUUUAUACAGUAAUUCAGAAAUAACUGGUAGUACACUGGUUAGCUGAAUUGAUAGUGCUGUAUGUCCUUUGGUCUUGCAAAACAAAAAAAUCCAGGUAAUGUGAUACAGCUGAAUUAGUAUGUCUAAAACUCUGAGUUAAGGGCAUCUUUUCAGAUUACAUUUCUAUGCUUCUUGCUAGGGGAUAAGACUAUGAAUGUAGUAGCACUGGUGUUUCUGAAGAAUGCUGUUAUUUACUCAGCUUGUUUCAGUGUGUGUUCUAUUUUGGAAGGGAGGGUUGAUUUUUUUUUUUUCUUGUUAGUGGUUAGUUGUUUUUUUUUGUUGUUGUUGUUUUUUUUUGGGGGGGGGGGGAGGGGGCUUGGACCUGUGGUGCUCACAGCAAUCCUUUUCAUAUGUUUUGUGUAUAUGCCUUGAAUGAAAGUUUGCACUUCCAUAUACCCAUGAAAUAAUCCUCUAAGAAUUAUCAAUUUACUGGCACUUAACGCACAGUGUGUUAAGGUAAGCUUCUGUAAAGUGCUAUUAACAAUUACAUAGAAACAUGGUUUUGUCAGUUGAUACAUUAUAAUUUUGUGCAAUACUGUAUGUAGAGUUCUCAGUUACAACAAUAAAUAUUGCCUGCUGGUAAA